AUAUAUUUUGUUUGAAACCAAUUUGGAAUAACAAAAUCAACAAAUCAUCAAACAUAAAGAUGAGUACAAACUCCACCGAUUCAAUAAAGCACUUUAUUUUGGUACAUGGGGCUUGCCAUGGUGCUUGGUGUUGGUACAAGAUCAAGCCACUUCUAGAAGCUUCAGGCCACAAGGUCACAGUUGUUGACCUUGCUGCUUCUGGAACCAACUUGAAGAAGAUCGAAGAUGUUGAGACUUUUUCUCAGUACUCUGAGCCAUUGUUGGAGGUUAUGGAGUCACUUCCCCCAAAAGAAAAGGUGGUUCUUGUGGGUCACAGUCUUGGAGGGCUCAACAUUGCACUUGCUAUGGAAAAAUUCCCCACAAAGGUGCAAGUUGGUGUUUUCUUAACAGCUUUUGUGCCGGACACUCAACACAAACCAUCCUAUGUUAUUGAAAAGGUAGAUGCUUCUGAUUUUGAAUUGAUCAAAUGUUUGAUAAGGCCAUCAUCAUUGUUCAUAGAAGACUUAUCACAAGAAAAGAACUUCUCUAAAGAGGGAUAUGGAUCUAUUUCUCGUGCUUUUGUUGUUUGCACUGAGGACCUUACGAUUUCAUUGGAGUAUCAGCAAUUGAUGAUCCAAAACUCUGGGAUUAAUGACGUCAUGGAGAUCAAUGGCGCAGAUCACAUGGCUAUGCUUUGCAAGCCCCAAGAACUUAGUGAUUGUCUCCAACAGAUUGCUGCUAAAUACAAAUAAUUUGAGAGAAUUUUCAAUUUGGCUGUUAAGAUUUUGUGUUGGACAAAUUUGUUCUUAAGUUGUUUUUUCUUUUCACAUGAUUUGCAUAGUUAAAAACUUUAAGUGAAAUAAAAAAAAUAGUUAAAUAUUAUACAGCAUAGAACAAUGUAUAGUUCUUUAUUAUCGUUGAAUUGAAAAUCAAAAUGGUCCUUGUCACAUGUCUGAAUAGACUAUG